AUGGAAAAGUACAAACAACAGUUAUUCCCAUUUGGGGGUCCAGACAUACUGAACACAGUAUCAUCACUUGGCUACUGUUUUUAUCUCUUUCUAAACUCAGUGCAAAUGGACUUAACCUUGAUCACAAAAACAGGCAAAAAAGCAUGGGUCAUUGCACUAACCUCCUAUUUCGCUCCCAUAAUUGUUGGCUACACAGUCAUGUUCUCGUUCUAUUCCUUGUGGACAAAAAUCCUUGGAGCUCAUGAUACAGGAGGGUUGGCUGUGGUGUUUAUUUCUCACAGUUCUUGCUCCUUUGCUGUGAUUUCCUCCAUGCUUAACGAACUCGGAAUUCUCAACUCUGAACUUGGACGCCUUGCACUCUCCUCAGCUUUUGUCAAUGACAUAACAGGUGGAAUCGGGGCAGGAAUCGGCGCUGCCAUUGUGAGCAGCAUGCAUAUUGAUAUAUAUUUCCUUGUUAGAAACUUGGUAGCAUUUCUGGCUUUCAUAUUCGUAAUUCCACUAAUUGGGCGUCCAAUAAUGAGAUGGGUUGUGAAGAACACCCCAGAGGGUAGACCCGUGAAUAAGAUAUAUAUUUACGUCAUCAUAGUGGUGUUUUUGAUGUUGGGACACUUUACAAGGUAUUUCAACCAACCUUUCGUAGCGGCUGCGGUUAUAUUUGGCCUUGCUGUUCCUGAAGGUCCUCCUUUGGGGUCUGAAUUGGUUUACCAACUUGAGUUGUUCUCGACGUGGUUCUUGUCCUCAAUCUUUGUCACAUGUUGUAUAAUGAAAGUGGAUCUUAACGAAUGUGGCCCUCUCGAUGAGAUUCUCAUCUUAUCAUGCUUCGUUUUUGUGGUGCACGUUGUUAAAAUGAUAGUGUGCAUGGGAAUUUGCCGCUCUUGUAGCAUGCCCACUACUGAUGGCUUCUGCCUUGCUCUCAUUAUGAGCUGCAAAGGUAGUGUUGAUAUAUGCUCCUACAUCCUAAUCUACGAUGCAGUGGGGCAAAGCAAAACAACAAUAGGAGUUAUGGUUGUCUCGGUGUUGGUCCUAGGAUCGGCUUCGAGGCUUGGAGUGAAGUUUUUGUAUGACCCUUCAAGGAAAUACGCAGGUUAUCAGAAAAGGAACAUCAUGAACUUGAAACAUAACUCUGAGCUUCGUGUAGUUGCAUGCAUCCACAAGCCAUACCACACGGUUCACGUAAGGAAUGUGCUACAGCUUUGUUCCCCAGCACCAGAGAACACACUAGUGGCUGAUGUUUUGCAUCUCAUGGAGCUAGUUGGAAGGUCCACUCCCAUUUUCAUAGCACACAAGAUUCAGCAAAGUGUUGGGUCCUCCUACAAUUACUCUGGUGAAGUCAUUGUAACCUUCGAUCUUUUUGAACGUGAUUAUGCUGGUUCUGCCACAGCCAACACUUACACAGCCAUAUCCCCAGUCACACUAAUGCAUGAAGAUGUUUGCCACCUCGCAUUGGACAAAAAUGCAUCACUUAUAAUUCUUCCAUUUCAUAUAAAAUGGGGUGGUGAUGGUUCAAUUGAAUCAGAUGAUAUCAACAUAAGGUCACUUAAUUCUACGGUUUUGGAAAGGGCACCUUGCUCUAUUGGGAUUCUUGUGAACCGUGGCUCUUCUGGCUUCAAUUCAACUAGUUACAAUGUGGCCAUGGUUUUCUUGGGUGGACCUGAUGAUAGAGAAGCUUUGUGCUUAGCUAAGAGGUUUGCCAAAAAUAUUGAUAAUAAGUUGUUUGUUUAUAGGUUGCUUGCACAUGACCAUGACUCUACGAAUUGGGAACAUAUGAUUGAUGAUGAGGAGUUAAGAGAGGUGCGUGGAGCUUAUGUUAAGCUAGAAAAUGUGACAUAUGAAGAAAGGACUAUAGAUGAUGCAUCCCAGACAACAAAUUUCAUCAAAGAUAUUGCUACUAAGUUUGAUUUUAUUGUAGUUGGGAGAAGAAAUGGGGUCAGAACUUCUCAGACUUCUGGGUUGGAAAACUGGACUGAAUAUACUGAGUUGGGGGUGAUUGGUGAUUUGCUUGCUUCAACGGAUAUGGAGACCAAGGCUUCAAUUUUAGUUGUGCAACAACAAACGACAUCUGCGUCAUGA